UCGCCCAACAACCAAAAAAAAACUUACUGACAACUUCCCCAAACAACACAGCAACAGGCAACUAAACAACAACAAAACCCGCACCAAAAAAAAAGAGAUCUGUGUUCUCAGCAGCAGCAGCAGCAGCAGCCAGCGCUGGCUGGGGGGCUUCUGACUUUCUGUACACACACACACACACACACUUUGCAAGCAAGAGGGAUAAGGCGAGCCAGAAGCCGGCCAGGAUGAGUUUGCUGUCAGCGAUCGAGACCAGCGCCUCUGUGUACCAGCCAACUCAGCUCUUAAACUGGGUCUAUCUGUCUCUGCAGGACACUCACCAGCCGAGUGCUUUCGAUGCCUUCAGACCCGAGCCGACGUCCCAGCACCAUGACUUGAACUAUACCAAAGCUGCCGACCUGGGAACUUCGCUCUAUUCCAACUAUCUCAACAACUUUUCUCAACUCCACAGGAAUGAGGCUAUUACCAGCGGGUUGUACAAGAACGCUUCCCCCUACGGUUCUCUGAGUAAUAUCGUGGACGGGCUGAGCUCCCUGACAGACCAUUUCUCGGAUCUAUCCUUAUCAACAGAACCUCGCAAACCUGGUAAAAGACCUCCCCCCAACUACUUGUGUCAUCUCUGCUUCAACAAAGGACAUUAUAUCAAGGACUGUCCCCAGGCACGCCCCAAAGGAGAAGGCCUGACCCCCUACCAGGGGAAGAAACGCUGCUUCGGUGAAUACAAGUGCCCCAAGUGUAAAAGGAAAUGGAUGAGCGGCAACUCCUGGGCCAACAUGGGCCAAGAAUGCAUCAAAUGCCACAUCAAUGUUUACCCCCACAAGCAGAGACCCUUGGAGAAGCCUGACGGCCUGGAUGUGUCAGAUCAGAGCAAAGAACAUCCUCAGCAUCUGUGCGAGAAGUGCAAAGUCCUGGGCUAUUACUGUCGCCGAGUGCAGUGAGUGGAUCGCCAGACCUUGUAGCCACCACCGUCACUACCUUCACCUGUCCACCUGCCUCUGUCUCCCAAACGCUACGUAUGAGUCCUCAGACCACACAUCCAGCCGAAAGAUGAAUUCACCAAAAUCUUGCCCUCCGACAGAAAACAAAGGGGCCUUACACUGGCUGACUGUGACUCUUUCCUCUGUUUGCGCAUAUUUCCAGGUUGUAUUUAUAGUAUUAACUACCAGAAACAGUAUUACCAAUAGCAGUUUAAAGUGGCACCUCAUUUGGGGUGUUUUGCCUACUCUUUGUUUACAGAGACUUUGUACCAGGAGCCAGUGCAAGGGGGAGAACAUACUGGGCUCCAAGGCUGAUAUUUUAAACCAAACCCCUUCCGUGCCAUUACUAAUCCAUAAGCCGAUAGUACAAGUCCAUUUGCUGUGAGUUGUCACAAGGCUUGAGAACUUUGAUCCCCCCAGCUCUUUGUGUCAAGAAAGCUGGCGAGCAUCAGUAUUAGAGUAGUUAAAAAAAAUAUAUGGUUAUUGGCAAGUGAUUACAAUGAAGACUGACAAAUAUGUGUCUGGUAUUGUAGAGAAUUAAGAGUAGGCUGAAUAGUGAAAGAGUCAUGGUUAACUCUUGGGGUACUGAAUAAAAUUUUUGAACAGUAUAGAACAUCAUCACAACUGGAGAUAACUCGCUGGGCAUCCCCAUAAGGUAAUUGCAGUGGCACAAUAUGAUACUGUGAAUUUCUGUAAGAACUUUUAAAUCCUUAGGAUAAUUUCAUCACUGAACACUAAGCACCUUUGUAAUUCAUGCCAUUAACUUAUCUUUGGAGUUCAAUUUUUUAAAAUGUUAUUUAUCAUCCCAUCAUUUCAAAAAUAAAUGUUUCUUUGUCCAUGUUUUGGCUGUCCCUCCCUUCCCAUGAAGUUAAUGCAUACUUCACCUAAGCUUGCAUCUGGUUCGGCUCUUUUCCGUUGCUGUUUUGGGACUGCCUGCUAAGUGGUUCAAGACUGCAACCUGUAGUGAUUGCCUUGCUCAUUCAUCCUCCACAUGGGGAAAUGCCUGAUCUUUGUUUAAGUACCUCUCCCCUGACCACAUCUGAAGUGUGUGGAUUGGGUGAGGGGAAGAGGAGAGUCAAAACGAUCUAGUGUUGUACCACAGUAUGUUCAUCUCAGAAGUGCUCUGCCACUUCUUCCGAGCUGUCCCACCAAGCGAUGAGGAGAGAGGGAUAUCGUUACAUGCUCAUUCCCCCUUUGCUGAAGUAUCACAAUGUUCCAGAUGUGUAAGCAUGUUACACAUCAAUACUGCCUCAAACCAUGACUUAGAAACACUGAGACCCUGGGAACAAUUUGAAACUCAAUAUCAACGAUGUGAAGAAAUAUAAAUGAACCAUCACAAGCAUCAUUUUCUGCCCUCCCCCAAUGAGAUACGAUUUUCUAUAAGUUAUUAGAUUUUCUAUAAGUUUUGAGCCAUGUCCUUCAGGUUUCAGGCCUCGCACAUAAAUUUCUAUGUCACACUCUUUGGUGGUUGAAAAAUAAGCCAAUCUGUGAAAAGCAAUCAGCCUUUAAUUUACCUGAAAAAGGCACAACAACUCCACCUUGUGACCUUAAAGGGACACACCAAAAUUUCACAUGAAUGCACAUUAUCAGGACAGAACUGAAGGCUGGAUUUCAUGGUCAGUGCUAAACAAAUGGUGCUUGUGUGUUACACUUUCCCACAGACUUUAGAUGGGUUUUUGCAUUUGAACUUGCAGUUAGAAAUCCAGAACAGCCCAAUACCCUCGACGAAGGAUGUGGGACCUGUGUGAACAGGACAAGCAACCGUGUUUCUCCUUAAGUAAUCAAAUGGUAUAACCCUUAAUAAGUUGCGCAGAACCUGAACCAGGCAGUGUUAGUUGGAAUGGUUAAUUCAAUAUCCAAUCAUGUAUGGAAAGUGAGAUGGAGCGAGGGAAUUAAAGAUGGGAUGAAGCGAGAAAGGUAAAAGAGACAAAAGAAACAGAUUUUUAAAUUUCUUUAAAACUCCACCGAUUAUUAAAAUCUGAAGGAAUGGUAUUCCACACUUGUAAACAUUGAAUGUCAGUGCCAGAGAGGUUGUUUGAUGGUAAUUAGGACUAACCACACUCUUGAAAAAUUAUUAACACUUGAAUAGACAAGCCCUAACUUUUUCUGGUGUGUUUUGUGUGUAUCUAACACACAAUUGCAACAACUUCAUCCCGUCUAUGUGUUUGAAUGGCAGGUCUCUCAGUGAGAUACCAGUGUAGUGUAGCUUUGGGAGGGCAACUCAAACAGAUUUUCAGGUUUAAUUCUGAAAGCUGUUGAAUUUACUCUUUAAUAAUAGUGAACAAUAAUAUACUCACCAUUACUUUUACCACCAAAUCCAGGCCACUGCAUUUUACGUGGAUUGAUAUUCUUGUGAGCAAUUCAGCAUUGCACAUCCUGUAAUAAUGUCAAAGAGAACUGAAUUAUAAGAGAAAGAGGAGCACAGCACACCAACUCUUCCUCUUUUUACUUAAACAAUUUUUAAAAUUUGAACUCCUCAGAUAAAUUUGAAUUGCCACUGUUUAGAAUAACAGGCCUCUUUUUCCUAAUGCAAUGUGCCAUUUCUUCAGUGCGCCGUGCACUGUGAUCUGUUUACGCACUGUGAUGCCUUACUGAGAGGAACAAUUGCCUUAAUGUUUCCUACAAGCCAUUACAUUUGUAAAAUGUAAAAAAAACUGUUGGGGAUGUAAAAUAACACUAGAAAUUCACAGUAGGUCAGUCAACUUCUGUAAAGAGGAAGAACAGGGUAAUAGAAUAUUUUGGGUCUAUGUUUUCACUUUUUCAUUUCCUCCUCUCCCAUUUCUUUUCUCUGUACUCUUAAGAAGCCUUUUUAUCUAUCAGCCCAGUGCUGAUUAAGGGCUCUUUGCAGAUGCUGACUGGCCUGAUGUGCAUUUCAAGCAUUUACUAUUGUUUUUACACUAUUCAUUCUGUUAGAUAAAACAUAUAGGUUUUAUUGGGUGGUGGUAAAGUCGGAAGCUCCAUUUUGUAAAUUAUUUUUCUCCUCCAUCUCUUUGGAGCCAAGCGCCAUUCAUUUUGCUGGAUGGUUGUGUGGGGCACUGGCCCCCUACGCCUCUCCUAAUGGCACUCUUGAGCGAGCUGUCAAUCCAUCAGGGAGAGUGAAUCAGCUAACCACCUGCUGAGGGAGAUGCCCAGCCUUUAUCUCCUUGCAGCCACAAAACAAAACACUAUGAUUGAGAUCUCAGCUAUAAGGAAUCACAAAUUUCCCCUCACUCUGUGGUCUUCAGAUAGUUCAGCAUUUGCAAACGUAUGCUGCUUUUAUCUGAAUCAAUGGUUUAAUCUAUUCUCAUGCACAAUGCUUGGGCACAUCUGCAGUCAAAGGACUGUGAUGAUGUGGACAAGACAGUGGUUAACAAAGUUUGGCCAUGAUAUUGAUUUGUAUUUUUACUGUUGCUAACCAGACUUGAGGUGAAAUAUUUUUUAUAGACACACACAUGUACACACACACACACACAUGCGCACACGUACCCUGCACACAUCCACAUUUACGCACACACACACACACAUGCGCAUACGUACCCAGCAUACAUCCACAUUUACGCACACACACACACACACACACACGUCCACACACAUGCACACACGUACCCUGCACACAUCCACAUUUACACACACACACACACACACACACACACAUACACAUGUCCACACACAUGCACACACAUACCCUGCAUACAUCCACAUUUAGGCACACACAAACACACACACACAUGCGCACACGUACCCUGCACACAUCCACAUUUACGCGCACACACACAUGCGCACACACACGCGAACACACUCUCAGCCAGUACAUGAAGCAAUACAGCAUGUUCAUGCAAAAGCCCAUGACCAACACUGUCCCCUCUCCAACUCUGCCUCUUUCCUCCUCCCUCAAAAUGGGGCAGGGGAGGGGCAACGUUACUAGUUGGUGUAAGUUGCAGAACGGCGCAAAGUACAGCUUCCACCACAGCCCUGAAGCCUGGUGCCUGGACUGCCUAAACUAUAAACCGCACUUUCUUCUUUUGUAGGGAAAUUGCAAUGACAAAGGAUAGUGACGAACAUGGGGUGGUUCACAGGAACAGGAUCAAAUAGCUAUCUGAUUUCCAGGCACUUUAUUCUCAGUCGCAACUGCAAGACAGACUGCACACAUUAAAAGGUGCUUGUGGCAGAGGUAGGGAGACAAGAGGCUUGAGAGUCCAAUACCCCACACCCUUUCUUCUAAUAGAACUAUUAACUCAGUACCUAAAGGGUUAACCUAGACUGACAUGCGAGGAAACUGACAAGAAACUUAUACGCUAAGUAUGUGAGUAUGAAAGUGAAGUUUUUAAGGGACAAUCAAGAAAAUGAAGAGUGUGGAGUUUUUAGCUAUAUUGGAUAUAUUUACCCAUAUAUGAUGUAUUCUGAAUUCUGCUUGCAGAUGUAUUUAUCUUAAGUAUUACUGACUAUAUAGUCCUUUUGUUUGGAUUUUUAUACUGUGUGUGUAUUUUGGAAACCUUCUAGAUGUUAAAAAUUUUAAUGUUAACAAAUAUUUCUUAUGAAGCCAAGUUCAUAUCUCUCCAAGUUCCUGUUUAUCUUUGCAGUAACCUUUUUGUAUAUAUUCAAGGGGCAUGAAUUUUAGGGUCCUGUUCUUUUGGGGGAUUUUUCUUAAGAUAACGUGGAUUUUUAAAAAAAAAAAAAAAUUUUUUUUUUCAAAAGACCUUUUCUACUAAAUUACUAACACAACCGAGAGUUUUCUUGAAUAUUUUACAAACCAAGGUUAUAUCCAAAAGAAAAUAUUAUUUAUCGGAGAAAAUUCUCUUUUUCUACAAGUCAUUGUCUGUAUAAAGUAUGCAACCAGAGUAAUCUGACUAGGAAGGUAAAUAAUGAUGUUUAAAACAGAUGAUUAUUGUAUGAAAGUUGGUACAUAAUUCUUGGGGGAAGAAAAAGUAAACCCUUACAAUUCUUGAAGCCAUAUAUAAAAUCGGGAUGAAAAUAUUAUCAGUAUUAAUUAACCUGCAUUUAUUCCAAUGUUUAAACUAAUUCUAGUUUUAUUCUAUUAAUACAUUACAGUUUAUAUAUGUGUAUUUUGGAAAAUAACUGCAUCUAAGCUAGCAGUAUUAGAUUGUUCAAAAUAACAAGUAACUAUUGUACAUCUGUUACCAGGAAGACAAAAUUACUGUUACGUAGAGGAAUGUGCAUAUUGAUGUUAGAAGACGCGACCAUUUAUUUGAUUGCUAUUAUAUAGGCAGAGACAAAUUGGAUGUUUUGUAAGCAAAACACUUCGUGCUACCAGAAGAUAUGAAACACAUUUUUGUUGUAAAAGGAAGACUCAUAAGGAGUAAUUUUAGGUAUUUAACUGGUAGAUGGAAAUCCACCACUGUGCAACUAUGAAACUGUGAGUUAGCCUUGUAGCCUGGUCUACUGGUGUACGCAAGAACCCUGUGCCAUCGAGCUGACAAGAAAUGGAUGCUGUAAAUGCCCUUUCUCAUUGAUUGCUCGGCAGCAGUUUAUCUGUGGGAACAACACAGGUUCAAGUUAGAGAAAGUGCACAGGCGUGCGACUAUACCAUUUGAACACGUGAUAGCGUAGACUACGCAUGUAUAUUGCUAAGGCAGAUAUAUGAGAGCAUUUAAAGUCUUUUAUUUUUAUCAUAGCCUUACUGCAAGAGUUAGAAGUUUAUGAAUGUUGAGGGAGUUUGCAGAAAAAAACGUACUUGAACUUAACUUGCUGAAGGAUUCUUUAGGAAAAAACCUCUUCACUACAUUUUCUUAUAGUUGUAUUACACUGACUAAUACUGUAUCAAGCAUUCUUCUGCUGCUUAAAGUUGUAGUCUCAAAUGAAGAAUAAGGUAUUAUAUAUAUUUGGAACUUUCUGUAGACCGUUUGUAACCAGCAUGCCUUUCUCUGUUCAACUUGAUGGGAUUGUUUACUUAUUAUUUCUAGAUAACAGUGUUAAGACAUUUUUGUACAGCUGUAAUGUAUGGGCAGACUCAGAGAAACUGGGUAAUGAAAAAAAAUGUCCUGUGUAUGAAGUGUUACGAACAGCCAGUUCAAUGUGGACAGAUGUUACCCUCUCUCAUUAAUGUCCAUUACAAUGGCAUUCCAUCACGUGCCUUAUUUUAUGCUGGUUAGUAUAGGCCUGCUUAUAGAACUUUUAAUAAUAUUCUAUUUGUGCAUUAAAACAAUGCAAAAAUACAAA